AUGUCCGGCAAUGCCUUCUCCCCGGAUGAGGUCAGAGGUAUGAUGCAGUUGUUCGAGACAGCGGAGGAUGGUGGGGAUAAGAGGACCGUGGGGCCGAGCAACGCUGCGCCGAAUCAGAAGGUUAGCAUAAAGGGUGCAGCUCAAGUACGGAGGGAGCAGCAGGCCAAGGAGGAGGAGGCCAAGGCCAAACAGGAUGCGAUAUGGGAUGGGGAUGACUUCAAGAAACACUCGGGCGUUGCUAUCCCGGAGGCAAUUUCUAAUGGAGAUAGCAAAGAAGACCCUCGUCCGGCACCGGAAUAUGAGGUGUUGUAUAGGCAGGAGGUAUCUGCCAACGAUAUGUUCCUCAAUUUACAGGACACUGACCCUAGCUCGGACAGGUGUACUGAUAUCACUGUGAAGAUCUACCUCCCCAACACUCAGUUGAAGGACAUAACCUUGGACGUACUGAGAGAGCGGAUCAUGUUACAAGCACCAAAGUAUAGGCUGUCUCUGCCGUUGCCGUAUGCGGUGGAUGAGGAGAAGGGCAAUGCUAAGUGGGAUAAACUGCGAGGAUGUUUGUCUGUGACCUUGCCAAUGCUACGGGACGUGAAGUGCGUCCAAGCUUGCAAAGUGGAGAGGGACAUGACAUCGAUCAAUCCGGAGUACAUAGACUAUCGUAUACGCGCGAAGUCGGUGCAAGUGUUGCGCACAGCUGCUAGGAGUGAUGCCAAGAGGACGUAUCGGGAAGUUAGCAUCCUGGCCAAGCUGAGUGGGCAUCCAAACAUCGUGACCCUGUUGGACGUCAUAACGAGUCCCUCUACUAUGGACAAAGAUAUUUACCUCGUCACUGAGUAUGUAGACACUGACCUUGCCUCAACCAUCAAGGCUGGAAGCUUGUCCCCUCUCCAUAAGGCCUAUGUGGUGUGGCAACUACUACGGGCAGUUAAAUACGUCCACUCUGCGAACGUGGUGCAUCGCGAUAUAAAACCCCAAAACAUCCUCAUUAAUGCUAAUUGUGAGCUGAGACUAUGCGAUUUCGGCCUGGCUCGACACGUGCUUUCUCUGAGCUUUGAUCCGGCUUUGCAUCCGUUACCUAGAGGUAUGUCAGUGGAGCAUGUGACGUUGAUGUCCGAGGAAGGGGACUAUCUUCACAUGACCGAUUAUAUAUCCAGUAGAUGGUACAGAGCACCCGAGCAACUCCUCAAGGCCACCAAUUAUAGCAAGGGUGUUGACAUGUGGGCAUGCGGUUGUGUCGUAGCCGAGGUCCUGACUGGUCGCCCUCUCUUUCCUGGCACGUCUGUACUAGAGCAGCUAUGGAUGAUACUUGAGUUCACUGGACUGCCCUCGAUGACGUUAUUGAGCAAUAUUAACACGGUGUGUGGAGAACAGCUGCUUCAAGGCAUCCCUCAACAGCACAGUACGGUCCAUGUACCGUCAAUAAUCCCUCAAGGCAAUGUUGAGAGUCUAGACCUCAUCGAGACUAUGCUACAAUUCAACCCGGACUUCCGAAUCACCGCGGAAGAGGCCCUCGAGCAUCCCUACGUGGCAGCAUUCCACAGCCCUGAUGAAGAAUUUGCGUAG